AUGUCUUCGCAAUCUGAAGAUGACGAGUUGUCAUUCGAUAUCGACGAAGUGAUGGCUGCCAAACGUAAUAAUCCUGGUAUGUUUGUCAGUGCUUGGCAGGCAGAUGAAAAUGAUAUUAAUCUGUGGACAAAUGAUCAAAUAAAAGGUGAUCCAAAAAAACAAUUUAUUGUCGCAGCAGAAAACAAUGAUCUAUCUACUAUCCAUCGCCUUAUUGAGUCAGCUAAACAAAAAGAUGCUGAAGGAGUGAUGGAGUUAAAAGAAUUGUUAUCAGCUAAAGAUCAAGAUGGUUAUACGGCAUUGCAUCGUGCAGCAUAUGGAGGACAUGUAGAAGUAUUACAGUGUCUAAUGAAAUACGGAGCAAACAUAAACAAUAGAACAGAAGAUGGAUGGACACCAUUACACAGUGCCGCAUUCUGGAAUAAAUUAUCUUGUGUUCAGUUACUUAUUACAGCUGGUGCAGAUUUAAAUGCUCUUACAAAUAGUGGACAAACCGCUUUACAUUUAGCUGUUUCAAACAACCAAGGACCCGAGACAUUAUAUUUAUUAAUGGCUCAACCUGGUGCACCAGUUUAUGGCGUACGCAAUAAGUUAGGCGAUGAAGUAGCUGAUAUUAUCAAAAGAAAUACACCUUAUGGGGAUGUUUGUUAUGCAUUCAGUGAACCAGUAACUAAUUUAUUGUGAAAAAUAUAAAUGAUUCACUUUUUUCCUUAUCUUUUGUAGUGACUUUUGUAUAAUCUUGUCUUUGGGGUUUUCGACCGGUUGUUUUUUAGAUUGAGUUGACCUAUAUAUAAAAAGAUAGGCAGCUCAUGUAUAUACUUCUGGUAUUUUCGUAAUGUCACUCAAUUCAGACAGAGAGCAGUUCUGUUACAUUAGGCGUAUCUUAUUCGCAUGUCACUGUAAGCCCAACCACAUAGUUAUUUCCUCACACUUCAACUAAAGACUGAUUAUGAGCACCGUUUAAGGUUGAGAAAAUACAUUCUAUCAAAUACAGAGUGUAAAAAUGAUGAAUCAGAUAUUUAUUGUCCUGAGGCCCCCAAAUGCCCUGGUAUGGCCGAGAGCGGGGUGGGUUCGCCCUCUCUCUCGAAAUACUCUCACACGGCCGCGCGUAUACAGCCUCUGCCAGGGGAGUCCUACUCACUGCCUUCUCGUGGCGGGGGUGUUGUUUACGAAAAUGAGAGGACGAAAAGCGAAUGUCCGGCGCUUUAACCGGAUUCCAAAUCUAAGGUGCACAUGGGUUCCAGUAUCCUGCGGGAACAAAUGGUGUAUGAAUCAAU